AGAAGGGUUAACAGUAAGACCCUCCUCUAGGGAAUAGAUCAAAUGUUUGAAAAACAGCCACUCUUUGUUUAAGGUUUGAUGUGGCUGCCUGGUCAUCUACCCCUCACCCUGUGCCCUUGUGUAUCCCUGACCUGUGCAAAAAGAACAGACUCAGUAUCGAACCUGCUGGGACACCUAGCAGAUUUUGUUUCUAUCCCUUGGCUGAACACGGACUACUGGAAGGCAGACCCUAGCUGCAGGUAGGAAUUUAAACCACCUUUCACGUUCACAAACCCAACUGCUUUUCAGCACGUUAUCCCCACUUUUGGACGGCGCCCAAUGAUAUCGGAUACCCGUGUGCUGAUUAAGAACGCGUUGUGUUUUGGUUAGCCAUUGUACAAUACCGCAGAAUAUGUUGUUGCUUUAUAAAUACUUUAAAUAGCAAUACUGGAAGAUUUCUAAUUAACAUCUGUCAUUCAAAUAAAGUAGUGAUGGUACAGUUUUAGCAUUCCACUUGCAGUGUGAACUGUUCCUUUCAGAAUGUGGUUCCCCUUAGCUAGAACAUAAAUGGCCGUCAUCCACUGGAUGAAGGCAUUCUAAACAUUGUCAAUUAACAGGGGUUUUAUCACAGCAUUCCAUUGCAAGCCUCUGUAUUAAACUGCAGCUGGGAAUUCCUAUUACGUUGAGCUUGAGACACCAAUGCAGUAAAGUAAGAAUUCACAGUGAAUUUCAAAUUUAUUUAUUUUUAUUUUAUAUUAGGGUAUUGCGGUGGAGAUCUGUCAUAUUAACGAGUACACAUUAGCUAGUGUAGGCAUAGAAGUGUAUACAGAACUGCCCUGUCAGCUAUACAGUAUAACUUAACAUGCGUGAAACACGGUGGGUAGUAUGUCAGGCGAGAAGUAGUCUAGUUCUAGCAUCAGGACAUAUUAGCUGACAUGUAGUGUGGUCGCCGCGUGGGAGUCGUACCUAAAAACAGCAUACAGUGAUAAGAGUAUAAACAGCCUAGGUCACUGUGAUCUGGAGCUGUAUGAGAAAAUGUGUUCUGCUCCCUAAAUUUAAGAGUCCCGUCAUGCCGGAUAACAGGUCUAAAAUGAUUGCUUACAGACCUGGCGCUGAAAGUUCAGGAGGCCCGAUAUAGAGAUUCUCUGUCAACCGAUAUCCCCUGUUGGGAAGCAGCUAGAGCCCGCCGGUGGGCCGUAGGGGGCCGCAGUUGCAUAGACGUUAGUGGUGGUGUCCCUCCAGCCCCAGGCUGGUACGUAGGCCUGCAUCUCAUUGCCACAAACUCUGCAGCUUAUGGAGCCUGAGUUUCUUCCCCGUCUGGGUGUGACGGAGGGCCUGAUGAACUUUGGCCGCUUGCGGCAUUGGAGCCUCCAUGGGUGCGGGAGUGAAUUUCAAAUUUAGGGACGAAAUAGCCAAACUCGAAAGUGUAAGAAUUUGCGAUUUAGUAAAUAGCCCUGAAAGUCUUUACUGCAAACACAUAGAUAUAAAUUUUUUUUUAAAUACAAAAUUUGGAAGAAUUCCCCAGCUUAUCUCAAAGUCACAAUUUAGAUCUUUUAGACUAAAUUCUGCAAUUCAAUUUUAAAUUCACAAAAAUUCCGUGUUUAGCGAAUAAACACUCCCUAUUGCUGGUAAAUGGAAGGAUCUAAUACAGUGUUAUAUUACUGUUUUAAAUAACAUAAAGCAGUGGGAUAACUUAUUUCCUUUAGGUAAAAGUCUUAAAGGGGCCCUCUAAGUACCAUAACCACUACAGCUCAAAUUAGGGGUUGUGGUGCUCAUUGCUUAAAGGGCUUUUGGGUGCCAUUUCAUGUUUUUGUUAUUUGUGAAUUUUGCCAAAAACUUACAGACAACCAUUUGAUAAUGUACAAUUUAAACUUUAUUACGUAUCUCAAUUCAAUCCAACCCAAAUGGAGAUAAAAGACUAAGAAUGCCUGCCUAAGGGUAACUUGUGCAUUCCCCUCUGUUCCUGUGCGUCCAAUUAGUCUGGUUACAAUUACGUUCUUUUAGUCCACCCAUUGUACAGAGAUGCAAAAUUUGUUGGUGCUGUAUAAAUAACAAUAAUUGGAGAAGGGGCAAUUUAUGGUGGCUGGUUGAGACACAUUUUUAUCAAAGUGCUGAACAGGGACGACAUCUACAGCUUCUUUGCACCAUAACCACUUCACUGGUUCACUAAAGUGCCUCUUUAAAAGGGAUACUUUACUGCCCACAUACAAAAAAAUGACAAUUUAGUAGAUAUAUCACCAAUGAAAGCAUGCAUGUAUUUAAUUAUUUUUUUCAUCAAAGGCAUAUCUUAAAAAAACCGCCCAGACUUCCUAUGGCUGUCCAAUCACAAAGUUUCUAAUGCAGCUCAAUAAGAAGUAUUUGCAAGGCAGGUGCUCUGUGCAAUUGUCUGCCUUUUGAGUUUAGCUCCACUGAGCUAACCAAACCAGGAAGUAACAAGACCGUUGUCUGAGAGCCAGGGGUAUGUAAUCAGGUUAAUUUAUAAAAGACUUUGAUACAACUGUUCGGGUUGAACGGAUCAGUGGAAUUAGGGUGUUGGUUCUAAGGCCUAGGCCUCGAGAAGUGGCUUUUUAGGGCGCUCCUACCAUACUAAGUAGAUGCUUCAAUUACAAUGGCCUACAAACUACUAGUAAUUGUGAGCAUUAUUAUAUAAAACUAUGUAGUUGACACUUUAUCUUAAGAAUGUAUGUACCUGCUAACACUCGUUGUGUUCCCUUGCAUAUUGCUAUACCUGCUUGUGCUCUGUUUGUCUAACCAUAUGUUAAUACUUUUUUGGGGGAAAAAUUAAAAACGUGGCAUUAUUACUCAGAGUACAUUAUGUGCUGUUUUGUUACUCUUUAUCUGUGAACUGUUGGGCUUAUUUAUACCAGCUUUCAUUGUGUUGUAAAUUUACUUCAUGCCUCAAAAAAAAAAAAAAAUUAAAAAAAAAGAUUAUUGGGUCAUAAAGUGUCUGGGGAAAAAAACAAUAAGAGAAGGGAGGAUAAUAAAGGAAACGCAUUAAACAAAAUAGAAUUUUAUAAAUUAACAAUGCUGCAAACCGCAGGCUGUGAAACAGACAACGGGUUCUGUUACUUCCCGGUUUGUUUAGCUUUGUGGAGCUGAACUUAAGUGCAGCAAUUGCUCAGAGCACCUGCCCUGCAUUGAGCUGUAUUGGGAAGUCUGUGAUUGGACAGUCACAGAACGUCUGGGUGGGGCUAGUAGGGGAGGGCUUGAAAAGGCUGUACCUUAUUUCCAGCGCCAUGUGGGUCUGCCAGUGCUGGCCCUGCCCCCUGAUCCACCUCUUUGCUGACAUAAUCAGACUUUACGAUUUUUAGCCAAUCCCAUAGGGAUUGUCUGAAAUUGGCAAGGAGGUGGGACAUGGUCGGGGCCAAACACUGGCUUGGCCAAUCAGCCUCUCCUCAUAGAGAUGCACUGAACGAACACAUUUCUAUGAGGGAAUUUCAGCAUCUCCAUGCAGAACUGCCCUAGGAAGCCCCUCCAGUGGCCAUCUGAGGAGUGGCCACUGCAUGUGUCCCUAGGGGGAAAUGUAAACACUGCCUUUUCUCUGAAAAUACAGUGUUUACAUGAAAAUCCCUGCAGGGAAUGAUUCUACUCACCAUAACAACUUCAUUAAGAUGUAGUUGUUCUGGAGACUAUAGUGUCCCUUUAAUAUGCAACAUUUUAAAAUGGUUCCUUUAACUUACAUUCUUGUAAAGUAAAACUACACUGUACUCUAACUCAAUGGAUUUAAUAGCCAGCUACUCGGUCUCUGGGCAGAGCAGUGGGGGAGGUGACUGCGUUCAUUAUGGAAAUAUCUCUUAUCGCCCAAUCUGUUCCCAUUCUACAUUCUACAUCAACUUACCAAGGGACAUUAAAGGGCGACUGCCAUCUCCCGGGACUUAUAUUAUUAUUUUUUAUUAACCCAUAUAUUUACCAAGUAUGAAUUUGUGAGGACUGGGAAACAGAAUAAAAUGCAGAAGUUUCAUCAGCUGUGUUUACCUCUGCCCUUGAUCUGACCACCUCCAUCUUGGCUACCCUGUUAAUCACUGUUAAAAGCCUUGCCCUUAUCUGUCAUAAAAAGCCUCUGAUUCACACAACUUUUAAUUAAGAUGUAAAUAAUUAAUGGAUUGUCCAUGAGUAAACAUAGUUUAUAAAGAUGAAGAAAAAUUAACAAUUAAACAAUGUGUGCCUAGCCUGUGCCAGGAUUGAACUGGAUUUUGGUGUAAAUUGCUAAGUCUUUAAUAAACAUGUAGCGUUCGUUACAAGAUGCUAUUCAAUCAUGUAAAAGCUGCAUUUUAAUAUGAGAUUGUUCUUGAAUCUAUAUUUUGGUUUAGGUAUGCAUCUCUUUCUACUGGUACUUGUAAGCCUUGUAGGCUUGGGUUUCUCUCAAACACAGUAUCCUGAUGUCUGCACAGCUAAAUCCAAAGAUAUCCCUCUGAGUCCACUCUGUGUAUACCGGAAACCGGUAGAGAAAGGAGAAAAUAAGCAGAAAGACUCCACAACGCCUGAAGAGAAGGUCCCUGAUGCUACCAACCCCAGGGUCUGGGAGCUCUCUAAGGCAAAUACCAAGUUUGCAAUGGAUUUCUACAAAAUUGUGGCUGACUCUAAAGCCGAUUCUGAAAACCUCUUCAUGUCCCCUUUAAGCAUUUCCCAAGCGUUUACCAUGACAAAACUGGGAGCAUGCGAAAACACCUUGAAGCAACUCAUGGAGGUGAGUGGUUGAGAUGACCAGAAUAAUACAAUGGCUAGGUUAGCAUUCUACAUGGAACAAACUACGUAUCUCUCCAUUCUUAAAGCUCACUAAAUUGUAUUCCGCUUUUUUACUUUAAAUCUUUUUAUUAUUUUAUUUUAUUAAUAUAAAUAAGAUAGAGAAGAACAAAAAGUCAAACAUGAUAUUCUCACAGAGUACAUGCAUAAUAGACAACAAUCUCAUAAUGUAAAGUAUAAGAUUAUUCGUAGGGUAUACAUAUGUGUGACGCACACAGAAACAAUAUUAAGUGAAAUUGGACAAUCAAAAAGCUAAAGGUAGGUGCUAAACCACGCAACUGUCCCAACAAAGCCAUGUGGGUUGUGCAGGGCCUAGCAAUACCAUCCAUCUAUUAAGUGGUUGUGGUACGCAUUGAAGGAACACCCACACCUAAAGCACUUUAGCUUGAUGAAGUGCUUUAUGUACAUAGAAUGUGACGGCAGAUAAGAACCAUUCGGCCCAUCUAGUCUGCCCAAUUUUCUAAAUACUUUCAUUAGUCCCUGGCCUUAUCUUAUAGUUAGGAUAGCCUUAUGCCUAUCCCACACAUUCUUAAACUCCUUUACUGUGUUAACCUCCACCACUUCAGCUGGGAGGCUAUUUCAUGUACAAAGUGUGACUUUUUUUCAUUUUACAAAAAGUGCGGUUUUUAAUAGAAAUUGUCUGUCAAUCAGACAAUCAGUCCUGUUGCUUCCUGAUUUGGUUAGCUCAUUAGGCAGGUAAUUGCCCAGAGCACACAUCUUGCAAAGACAUCUCAUUGAGCUGGAUUGGGAAGUCUGUGAUUGGACAGUCAUAGGAAGUCUGGGCGGAGUUAAAAGGGGAGGGCUUGCAAAGGCUUUAGAUUAGAGAUCUGCAGGAUUUCCAAGCUGUUUUAAGUAUACCCACGAUGAAAAUAUAUAUAAUUAAAUAAGUGCAUGUUUUUACUGAGGAUAUAUAUACUAAAGCAGAAUAUCUAUUUAAUGUGCUAAUCUAAAGGUACACAUGCCUCGGAAAUCUUAUUGUAAUCACAUCCAGAGGAUUUACAACCGUGGAUAAUAUCUAUAGGAACAAUAAACACACAGGCUCAUAGGGGCAACAAGAGAAGGCAACUCAAACUGAGAUAGAUGCUACCUACCCCUUCUCAGAAUUAACACUGGGCAUAUACUUUUUCUCAUUGAUAACUUUGCUUUUGUUUGUGUUUCCCAAAAGGUCUUUCGGUUUGACUCAAUUUCUGAAAAGGCCUCGGAUCAGAUUCAUGUAUACUUCUCAAAACUAAAUUGCCGCCUCUACAGAAAGGCAAAUAAAUCAUCGGAGCUGGUAUCAGCUAACCGUCUCUUUGGCGAGAAGUCUCUGACCUUUAAUGACACCUACCAAGAAAUCAGCGAGAUAUUUUAUGGCGCCAAGCUUUGGCCUCUAAAUUUUAAGGUGAAAUUUGUUUUUUUGAAGGGCGGGGUGGGCUUGUGUAUAAGGUAUAUUCAGUAAAGACAGACAACGGUCACAACAUUUUUUAUAAUUAGACAUGUUCACAGGCAAAGCUAUUUGAUUGAAAAUAUGUAUCUAUAUUUUUUUUGAUCAUGUAACAAAGAAAAAAAGAGUUAAUGUUUUCUGAGAUAUAUUAAGUAAGAUUUACAAUUGCGUUGUAAUUUAAAAAGUGGUGCAAUUUUGUAUAAGGUGGAGUAACGGCGUGGGUUAUACAAUCACAAGCUGAUUUUGACAUCAAUUUAUCACUAAAUGAAGGUUAUAACACCAAAAAUGUGUCACCUAAACAGAUAUCAUCAUUAAACAUCUGCAAUGUUUUAAAUACAGUUUACACUAUAAUUUUGACACUACACUACAAAAUAUAAGUUGUUGGUUCCCCGUUUUAAGCCAAAUAUGGCUUGUAGUCCGAAGCAAGCUUAUAAAAAUGUCUUGAUUAUUGCUAAAUUUUUCUUUUUAACCUAAGACCCAAGUUAGUCAUUGUAUAAUCUCCAUUCAUUCCAAUAUACACCGCAUAUCAAUGAGGGGGGGAAAAACGCUCCAUAAAAUAUUUUUUCUAUGGAUGAAUACUUAUUUUUGAUUGAACGGUGACUAAACGCAACUAAAGUAAAGAAAUGUUUACAUUAAAAUGUGCUUUUUCUUUCAAGGAAGACUUUCUAACUGGUAUCAUUCUUACAAUUAUUAGAGGGUAAGCUGCUGUGUCCUGGAUGAUGUCCAGGACAUUUAUCACUUUUUCAUGUUGAUGGGCUACACAUGAGAAGUGCUGCCCUGCCAUAUGUAGCAUUGGUAUGCACACUGAUGAAUGACUUAAUUUUCUUUGUGCGCCAUUGAAAUUCUACAAACCAGAGAUGUAGUCCACAACAGCUAUAGCGUUAAAGAUUGCUUAUCCCUGUUUAAAGUGAUUAAAUGAACUGUUCCCCAUAAACUUCUUCUGGGCAACUGUUUAUGGGAUAAGAGUCUUUUCCCGGUUAGAGAGGGGUCUGACUGUAGCUGCAGGAAAACGACUAAUCCGUGCUGAACAGGGGAAUUUACAAGUAUAUAUCAUUAUAUAUUAUUAAAGUAACUUUUUUAUUCCAUAUUUGUAAAAAUUAUUUUUAGUGUAUUAUCUAUAGAAUGCAUUAGAAUGUAGGGGGUUACAAUUAAACCACUUAAUUUCUCGUUCAAAACAAUGUUUAAUCCGUAGAUGACCGAUAAGUAAUAUAGUAAGAUGAGACAAGAUUUAGGUCAAGAUUAAGUUAGGGUAGUUAAGAAACUGUAAUUAGCUAGUGCUCCCAUUGGGCACAUUUUGUUUUUUAACUUUUUUUUUUCUCUUCUCUGUAUUACCAUAGAAUGUGACGGCAGAUAAGAACCAUUCAGCCCAUCUAGUCUGCCCAAUUUUCUAAAUACUUUCAUUAGUCCCUAGCCUUAUAUUAUAGUUAGGACAGCCUUAUGCCUAUCCCACACAUGCUUAAACUCCUUUACGGUGUUAACCUUUACCACUUCAGCUGGAAGGCUAUUCCAUGCAUCCACUACCCUCUCAGUAAAGUAAUACUUCCUGAUAUUAUUUUUAAACCUCUACCACUUCAGCUGGAAGGCUAUUCCAUGCAUCCACUACCCUCUCAGUAAAGUAAUACUUCCUGAUAUUAUUUUUAAACCUUUGCCCCUCUAAGUUAAGACUAUGUCCUCUUGUCGUGGUAUUGAUUUAUAACUGUCUUCUGAGGUCGUGCAAUGAAAGUUUGUUCUUUAAUUUCCUCCAGGAUAAACCUGAAGAAUCCCGUGAAAUUAUAAACAAUUGGGUGUCCAAUAAAACGGAGAAACGUAUCACCAACGUUAUUCCAGAGGGCGCCAUCACCCCCUUAACUACAUUGGUGCUUGUAAACGCCAUCUAUUUUAAGGUGGGUAUUUUCAGAAUUUGUAGAAAAUAAGCUUGUAGAUAGCUAGACAGAUAUGGGAGAUAUAUAUAUAUUUUAUCAGUGUUUUACAAUGUUAAUAAAAAAUUGAAAUAAUUUAGAUUUAUUGAUUUGUAAAAUAUGUUAACAGGAAAAAAGUUAGAAAUGUCCCUUAUUUGAAAUUUGUCCUUGCUAUUUCUGUUUUGUUUUUGUUGUUGUUGUUGUUGUUGUUGUUUGUCCAGUCAUACAAUAUACCCUCCUCUUAUUGGAAGGAAUUAUUUACUUUGUUUAAUUAUUGAAUAAUAUGCUCUUCAAAGAGGAAUGUUUCUUGGCAAUAAUGCGGCACAUUUUUUCCCCAUUAAUUGUCUUUAUACAGGGCCAGUGGAAGUCUAUGUUUGAUCCUGAAAACACAAAAUUAGAUUUAUUCUAUCGGCCAUGGACAAACGAAACCUACAGUGUUCCCACUAUGUACCAGGAAGGGCUAUUUCGCUAUGGAUCAUUUAAGAAAGAUGGAAUUCAAAUCCUUGAACUGCCUUACAAAGGAGAUGACAUUUCUAUGGUUUUCGUUUUGCCAUCACAUGACACUCCAUUGGAGGUCAUAGAAAAGGAUAUUACUUUGGAGAAAUUAACCACCUGGCUCGAUAAGUCUCAUUAUGUACAGACAUCAGUUCACAUCCCCAGAUUCAAAAUUGAGGGAGCUUUUAGUGUCAAGGAAAGUCUGGAAAAAAUGGGUCUGGUGGACCUCUUUGACCCAAAUAAUGCUAAGCUUCCAGGUAUGUUGUUGUCAUUUGAUUUUCCAACUUUCACUGAAAUGAUUUAAAGGGUUAUUUUAACCAUCAUAAUCACAACAGCCCACUUAAGUGGUUAUGACGCCAGGAGUACCCUGACACAGUAAUGGAGCAAAUCAUUUAGCAAUCAUUUGCUCUCUUACUUGGGUGAUGCCAGGCUACGAGGCUCCAUGGUGGUCUGGUAAAAUGCUUCCAGCUUCUGUAGAGUUGCAGAAACUGUCAGCUCCAACUAUCGCCACUCAUUGGCUGAGAGUGUUAGCCAAUUACUCUGUUUGUUUAAUGAAAGUUCCGGUUUGUUGAUGACACCACAAUGAUGGUACCGGAUGUGGACUUAAACUUUCGUCAGCAGAGGGAUUACUUCUAGUUUAUGAGAACAUAUAUAAUACUACAGACAUGAGUAUUAAAAUAGCUAAAUAUUUCAUAAGUUCCUAUCAAUGUCUCAAGCAUGUUCUAUUAUGAGUACAGUCUGAGAGCUGUUUAUAUUGGGCUGACUCUAGCCAAUACAAUACUAAUAGUCAACAAAUGGACCAUCAAUGGAGCUUUUUGGAACCAGAUUAAUCAUUCACAUUUUCUUAUGAACAGAACCACUUCCAAGUGCUGAACGGCAUAUCAUAUAAACCCUUGCUGGCCAGCAUUUUAAGGAAAGUAAAAAAUAAGUUAAUGUGCUUUCUUUUUUUGUACUUCCAGGAAUUGUUGCUGGUGGAAGGACUGACCUUUAUGUAUCUGAUGCAUACCAUAAGGCCUUUUUAGAUGUAAGUAUUGAAAAAUACAUGUCUGUGCAACACUGAGUAUCUCCACUCAAAUUAAAGGGGCACAGGGUAAUAUGUAAACCAUUGCCCAACCCCUCACUGUCCAGCUAAUAUAGAAGUUACAUUUCAUAAUUCUAAAUAUCAAUUUCAAUGCAUAUUUGGAUGACAUUCAUUGGCUGAGCUCAUCACCUUAAAUGCUUAGCUGAUGAAAGCAGUCCUAAGUUGUACAAAUUGAUACAGAUUUUUUUAUUUUUUUGUAAAUAAUAUAAAUUUUUAUUUAAAUCAAGAAAACCUUAUCGUGAUAUAUCUAGAAUGUCGUUUGUACGUACACAGAUGUGGUGCAGUCAAAAUCUUGUUAUCUUGUCACACAUAGAAGAAUUGUUGGAAUUUCAAAGUGAAUUUCAAAUAACUGGAAAAAAAGCUACUUUGGAAAUAGUUUUCAAUUCAACGAAUUUGGCCUAAACAUUUGAAAUUUUUUAUUUUAAUGAAUAUCCCUGCUGGCAGGGAUAAUUCUUGAUCAACCUCAAUGGAUGGAGCAGUGGAACCGAACGGCCACUGAUGACGGUUUCACUUAAACCAACACUGGUUUAUUUCCCUUUUGACCAGAUGGUGGUGUUGUUUUUGUAUGCAACAUAUCUUAUGUCUGUGUUUGUCAAGGGUCUGCCUUCUGCCACCCUAUGCUGUAGCUGUGAAGGGGUUCAUUUAAUCAUGGCUAAACAGACGGCAUGUGAUAUCUGAAGUUUAAAGCUCACUAAACAGGUAUUUACCAGGUUAGCAGAUCCUCAAGACACAGAGUAAUAGUAAUAGGACAACACAUUGAAUGCUUUUCCAUAAGUUUCCAUGGGGUGAAAUCUUUAGUUUACAGCUGGUGGUUUUGUUUUUUGACAUUCUUUAUUUUUGUUGUGCAGAGAGUAAUACACAGGUAUGUAGGAACUAGUGAUGUCCCGAACGGUUCGCCGAACGGUUCGCCGCGGACUCAUCAUUGAGUAAACUUUGACCCUGUACCUCACAGUCAGCAGACACAUUCCAGCCAAUCAGUAGCAGACCCUCCCUCCCAGAUCCUCCCACCUCCUGGACAGCAUCCAUUUUACAUUCAUUGUGAAGCUGCAUUCUUAGUGAGCUGUCCAGGAGUUGGGAGGGUCUGGGAGGGAGGGGCUGCUGCUGAUUGGCUGGAAUGUGUCUGCUGACUGUGAGGUAGAGUGUCAAAGUUUACUCAAUGAUGAGUCCGUGGUGAACCGUUCGCGAACCGUUCGGGACAUCACUAGUAGGAACAUGUCAACAUAGAUACAUAUGCCAAGAGACAUUUUUGCGAAGGUGACAUAACGUGUCGUGAGUGCUGCACUCUUUUAGAAAUGAAAUAACAAUAUGAGUAUAGCAGAUAGCUUAACUUUUGAAAAAACAAAUCACAGCCAGGAACACAGUGCUAUGUAGGUGAAACAGUGAGAGAAAGACACAUGCUGUCGCGUAGUACUAUAGAUAUUGUCAAGGUAUAAACAAAAACCGCUGGGAUUUAUUGAACUAGUUACUCAAUUAUGCAUUAACAUACAAUAUCAGAGACAUUAGGGUCAAGUUGAAAAGUAUGGUCAUGAAUGAUACAACCAAGCUGCAGGUAAGCUGUGUGGGUCAGUCAGUCAAUUCCUAACGGGCUAGAGUCCCAGCCUCCGCCAUUGACAGUCACCCCUGUGAGGUCCCUCCCCUGCGCCCAAGCACCCCAGUAGCAUAAGAGUCUCUGCAUAAGGGUGACAUCUCUCUUCUCAUCCAAGACUCGUGUCUGCCAGUAGGAGAUCCCACAUGAGUGGUCGGCCUCUGAGAAUUAGUUUCAGGGACAUCCAUUCACAAUAACCAUUGUAGAACACUUUGGUGGGUAUGGUGCCCAGAGUGCCCAUUAAAGUAAACUGAGAUGCUUGGCCAUUUAAAGAAUAUACUUGUAAUAAAUAUUUACUUCUAAAAGGAUUUUGUGAAAUCCAUUUAUGUUUUUGAAUAAUUUGUUUACAAUAAAUAUAUUAAUUUGCACUUUACAAUGUUUUGUAAGUCAAAAACCUAGUGCACAAACAAAACAUUCAUAGUAAUUAAUCAUUAUGACUUGUGUUGGGGAUUAUGGAUUUUGUAACCAUGGUGAAUAUCAGAACUCCAAGAAGUGCUAUGUAGGACCCAUAGGAUUACGUAUGGGUAAUAGGUGUUGUAAAACAGCCCUGUUGCCCAAUGAUUUGUUCAAAACUGGAGGUGAUAGCAAAGAGCCCGAGAUACUGUCCUGGCAAUAUUUUAAGCUGUCACCAACAGAGAUGUGAGGCUUAGAUCUUAAAACUGAGCAAUCACUAUGAAAAUAAAUGGAAUCCUGUCCCUGUUGAUUUAAGUUUCCAUGGCAAUUUCUCUACUAUUCGUUUUCCCCCAUUUAUAUUUGCAACACUCCAAAUGUCAGAAUAUUUUACCAACUCCUUCCUGAUUGACAUUAUGCAUUUGGAAGCAGUAACAUUGUCUCUCCACCAAAACUAUGUGACCAGUUAUGACAACUAAUAACAAUUGUCUUUAUCUUUGAGUGACGUCUUCCCUUUCACUCAAGGAAAAAGUAAGAGUUCUUAGUCAAAUAAUUUUUGACGACAGAUACGUAUUCUCUUUUAAGCACAAGAAAAUUUAUAACAGAGGAAUGAGGAUGAUUUUCCCUACAUUCACCCCAACAGUAUUGUGUUGUGUCGCACAGACAUAAGUAGCAAACAGAUGGAGAAUAGGGCCUGAUUCCAUGUACAUAGAUAAGGCACAUUGAUCAACAGUGAUUAAAUAAUUUGCCAUAUUCCCUUAGCACUGAUGUUGCACAUGUUGAUGAAAUAUAAGCUAGAAAUGUCAGAUUCCCAAGCAGUUAACUGAUGGUUCUUCAAAGCAACCAAUCUGGAAACGUAAAUCCAGUAUACAAAAUAUUUUAGUCACCCUCCUGUUUCCUACCUUUUAGAUGCAGGAGGGUGACUUCCCUGGGGUCCAGUGGAGGCUCAGCCUGAUGGGAGUCAGAGUUCCCACACUGACUCCCUCCUCUUUUCCUCCCGUGCGGCUCUGUCUGAUAGCUGGGAGGAGUGACCGUGGCAGUCACUUCCUCCCAGCAGUGAUGCCAUCAAAGGAGGCCCGGUCACGCUGUUAAGGUGCCGCAGUGCUGACCAGGCCCCCUGGAAAUCCAUAGGCACCCGAUGGGCCCCUUCAAGUGCGGCCCUGGCGGUUUUACCACGUGGGCCAGGGCUGCAACACAUGGCGGCGGUCACCUCGUUGCAGGGGUCCGCAGGGCGGCGGGCCCCCUGGAGUGGCAGGCCCGGUCGCAGCUGUGAUCUCUGCAUGUACUCCACUGCAUGCAACUUUUGCUAGCCAUGGGAAAAAAGCAUGUAAAUCUUUUUAUCAUAAUCAGUACAAUUUUUAACAAAAUGUCUCAUUUUGUAAUAUUUGUAUUUUUCAGUGGGUCAUCUUUCUAGAGUUAAGUUCAGUGAAAUUAUCAGCUCAAUUCUGCUCUCUGUUGAUCUCAAAUGUCUGGUCGAUUUAUUUAGCAACGUCCAUUGAAUGUGCUCUAGAGCCUGAUUUUUUGUGUGUUUUUUGGCAUGAUUAUAAUAGAAGUGUGUUUUUGUUUUAGGUUAAUGAGGAAGGCAGCGAAGCAAGUGCAGCUACGGCUGUGGUGGUGACUGGCCGAUCAUUGAACAUGAAUCGAAAUGUGUUUAGAGCCAACCGGCCUUGCCUUCUGCUCAUUCGAGAAGUAUCAUUAAAUGCAGUUAUAUUUAUGGGUAGACUUUCCGACCCAGGUCAAUAAUACAUUCAAUAUAUAAUAUUACUGUUAUGUAAUAAACAGUGAGUAUAAUUUCUAUCUCCCUUAUUAGCCCCAACUAAUAGAACAGGUUACAGUAAUAAAUGUAUACAUUAUUAUUAUUAUACAAAAUCUUCAGUAAUAUCCUGCAACCACAACUCUAGCUGAACGUAGGCAUGUUUGCCUGCUAAAGGCAUACAAUUUAAAUCAUUCUGUUUAAAUGCAACAGAGUGCUUUUUCUUCUGACAUACAAACAGUUGUCAUUAAUAUUUUUUUUGAACUUUUUUUUUUUUAUUCUUACCUUCAUCUGGUGCCAUUUUUAAUAAUUACACACCAUGUUUGUUUUUUUCUUUCCUUCAAAUCCAGUUUGUCUUAAGUAGCAUAAAUGUAAUUUUAGUUUGAAAUAAAAUGUUAUGGCUUGCAUAGAAAACUGCUUAGACGUCCUGACUUAGAUGACAUUUGACACAUGAUCAAAAUCUACUAUUUAGCUAUUUCAUACAUGAUUGGAGUCUACCAUUUACACUGUACUAAACUCAUAUUUGACUCUGGGUAUCAACUACAGUUUACAUAAAUAUAUCACAGAUCUAUCAUAGUAGAAAACAAUUGUCACACUAAAAAAUAUUUUCCACUUGCUUUAUUGCAAAUUCUGUGUAAUUUAGAAUUUAUCUUCUGCUCUGUUAAGACCAUACAGGGGCCUUCUGUGUGUGAUUAAAGUUCAAUUUAAAAAGCAGGACAUGACAUAACUUCUAAAGUAAGUUUACAUCGGUUUGAAACUGAAGCCAUAUUUUCUUUUAAUGCAGGCUGUGUGCAUUACAGCCAGAGGAUGUGUGGUUUGGCCUGCAUAAACAGAAAUAAAAAAGUGAUUUAACUCCUAAAUUGCAGAGAAUCGAGUAGUGGAAGUUCAGGGGCAUGAUCUAUACGCAAAAACUGCUGUAUUAAGCUAAAGUUGUUUUGGUGACUACAGUGUCCCUUUAAACAUAAGACCAUUCAUAUAUUUCUUUCCUUAGGAUUAAUAUAUAACUGUGUAACCCAGGUACUGUCUGACUUAGAAAAAGCAUUAACCCCUUAAGGACCAAACUUCUGGAAUAAAAGGGAAUCAUGACAUGUCACACGUCAUGUGUCCUUAAGGGGUUAAAGCAUUAAAAAUAUAUUCUAAUGUAGAAUGUGUACAUUUUUACUAUUUCUAUGUGGAAGAAGAUAAUAUUCUUAGUUCCUUAAAUUUGUAGCCAUGAAUACAUUAAAUUCAUGAUUACCUGAUUAUUUUCUUUUUAAAAGCAAUCAUACAUUUUCUUGAAAAUAGUCUUAAUAAUGUCAUUUUUUUAUAUUAAAAGAAAAUAAUUAAUAUUUAACUUUUCCCAGUGAAUCAGUGAACUGUUACCUCCAUUUGUGCCUACUAAGUAAAAUUGUUUGACAAAGUGUAGCCCAGACUUUCAACAGUAAAUGUAAUUUAGUAUAUAAUAAGUACAUGGAUUUCAAAGAAAACACGCAUAUUCAAACAAGAGAGAUGCACAGUAUUCAGAUGUAUUAAGUUAAUUACUGCAAUUAAAUGCGAUUACAGAAAAGCAUUAAGUUUCACAGUCUUAUACAAGAUGUUUGUAAGUCCAAUAAAAACAUUGUAUAAAUAAAUGUGCAUGACAUAUGACAAUUUGUAUUUAUUUUGCAGGUUUUUGUAAUCAUGAAAGUAAUUUUUUACUCAAACAGAAAGCAGACAUCAAAUGGUUAAAAAAAACGAACUAGGGGUCUUUUAGGGGAAUAAACCUUAUUCUCAAAUACAUAUUGUUUUUAUAAAUACUUUAUUUCCUGAGCAUGCAAUGUUAGUUUAACCAAAGUAUGAGAUUGUUCAUUAGAAAAAGUUGUACUGGAUGAGACCGUGAACUGGAGAAAAAUAAAAUAUGUAACUUGGUAUGUAUUACACUAUUCCUUGGCUUUGCCUUUUUUAGUCCAAUUUUAUUUCCCGUUUUUUUUUUAAUAUCACAAUAUCCAGAGGAAGUAAAACAAGGAGUGUAUCCGCAACAUGGCUGAUAAUCACCAUCUAGUCCGAAGAUGGAUUCAAAGAGAUAUGCCUACAUAAGUAGAAUUCAAUGAUUUGCGCAAUGUUACGAGCGAGGACUACUAUGCUCUCGCAUUGGAAGAGUAUCUGGGACAUAUUUGUCCAAUAUGAAACUGCUUUUAAGUACUUUUUUAUAUUGGAGUUAGAGCCUGCAAUAAAAUUAUUAUGCACAGUUUUAUUCUCACAUUUGCCCAGCAGGUAGAGCAGGGGUGUACAGUUUUAAACUGAUUAAAUAUAAAUUGUACAACAACAACAAAACAAAAAAAGCUAUGGAAUGGAGGAUAAAAUAAUUUUCCAUGUCUUUUGGAGGUGUACAGCAGAUCUAUGGAUUGCGUAAUGAUUUUUUUUUUUUUUAAAUGUGGCAUCUACGAUAUUGCAGUUUUAAUAAGCAUUUGUCCUUGUGUCUUUAUAGUUGACCCCUAUAGGUAUAUAUUGUAUUAUUAUGUAAGGUCCAAUAGGGAGAUAAAGGACGUUUAAUGAAAAAUGGAGGUAGGAUGACUUUCACAUUUAAUUUUAUUUACAAUAUGCCCAUUAUUAUUAUUGACCUUUUUUAUAUAAACUGUUAUAAAAGGUAUAAAUAUACAUUUAUAAUAAGUUGAGUGAAGACGUAGAUGUGUACUUCUGAGGACUGCUGAAUUCACUAUUCAUACAAGCACCUAAUCAUAUAUCAAGAGUGUUCAGUACUGGUUGAACUACAUAUUCCACAAUUCUCUGGAGGGCAGAAAAUUAUUUGGAAUGUAGUGCACCAUCUGAUUUACGGCCAAGGCUGGACGAACCUUCUAGAGACAAUGCCUUUCCAGAACGGAUUCAUCCCUUCAUUCAGCUCAUCCUUAUAAAGAUGAGCAAAACUAAACUGAAAUGUUCAUGAAAAAAGGUUUCAAAUCAAAUAUGUGAUAUAUAUCAAAUAUUUUAUACAUAUAUAUAUAUUAAAAAAAAGACAAUUCAUAAAUCAAUUCCAAAGGCACGAUGCUAGAUAGAAUAUUCUGGCCUAACUGUAACCAAUGUUUUCCGAAACUUUGCAAUGUUAGAACUCGGUGCUAACAAUACACCAAUAUAAAAGACUUUUAAAUCAGAACAAUAAUGUUUAAAAGAAACCAUGCAUUCUGUUUCAGCUGGGAAUUAUGCAGAUAGUUUUAAGUUAUUCUACGCAGUAGCUCAUUCAUUAUUCUUUGUAAUUAAAAAAUGGCUAACCUAACCAAUUAAGUGGAUCUGUAAGUUAUCAAACCUUUACAUUAGGAAGACCUAUAUUUCUACUUAAGUAACUGCUUGUCAUUUUAUGUGCAUUGCAUUGUACAGACUGUUCUUGUUGCUGUAGUUUAGCUGAUAAAGUCUUUUUGGGCUUGAAUUGUUUUGUUGGAGGCUGUAAAUGACUGGAAUUGACAUGGAAAGGAAUCCUGUAAUUGUACAAAGUUUUGAUGAGGCUGAAUGUAGUGAAACUUUAGAUAUUUUUUUUUUUAAAGGCAGUUCUCCGUGAAUUUAGAAAUAGCAAAAACUAAGCGAGCUUUAACCAGUAAAUGUAAGAAGCAAAUGAGAAACAUGUAAUUACACAUCCAAUUAUUAUUUAUUUUUCAAAGGAAUAAUUGACAUGACUUCACACCAAUCUAGCUGCACAUUGCCACCUUCUCAUCAGUUUCAAUCCUCCCAAAUGUGAAAAGUAUAAUUAACGAUUGUGCUGCAUUUAAGAUUAUAUUCCAUGAGCUGUCCUGAAUAAGGCAAGGAUACUUAGGCCAAUUAGGCCCUAAAACAUUGGACAUAAGUGUUGGAACACCCCAGGUAAAUGAAAUAGAUUAACAUACUGGUGUUUAAAACUACCUAGUGAUUCCAAGAAAUCAAGGCAAGUAGGUUAACCCUCCUGGCUGGAAAGUGUGUACCUCUGGAAUAUGACUGAUAGGCGCACUGAAAGAGUAAAACGCUGGCACUUGGGCUUCUCAUUUAUGGUUUCUUCAUUCAGGCGUGAAAUAAUUUAAAAUGUUCCAAUAACCUUUAGUCUCUCUUAAAGGACCACUAUACGCACCCAGACCACUUCAGCUUAAUGAAGUGGUCUGGGUGCCAGGUCCAGCUAGGGUUAACCCUUUUUUUCUAUAAACAUAGCAGGCUGGUUAAUCCAGCCUCUAGUGGCUGUCUCAUUGACAGCCGCUAGAGGGCUUCCGCGCUUCUCACUGUGAUUUUCACAGUGAGAAGACGCCAGCGUCCAUAGGAAAGCAUUAUGAAUGCUUUCCUAUGAGACUGGCUGAAUGCGUGCGCGUGCGGCUCCUGCCGCACAUGUGCACUCAGCGGGAGAGGAGGAGGAGAGCUCCCCGCCCGGCGCUGGAGAGGUAAGUUUAACCCCUUCCACCCUCUAGAGCCCGGCGGGAGGAGGACCCUGAGGGUGGGGGCACCCUUAGGGCACUAUAUUGCCAGGAAAGAGAGUAUGUUUUCCUGGCACUAUAGUGGUCCUUUAAGCCAAUAUAUAAAUAAAAAAGUGGAAGGAAAUCGUAACGGUGUUAAAUAAACACUCCAAUGAGGUUGUUAAGGUAUGUGGUGUAUUCCUUUAAAUGGUCGAGGAUUGAUCACCCAUUCAGCUGUGUUAUCCUAAAACUGGUUAGUGAAUUUCAACCGAGGUCUGGAUUGGGGGAAAUAAAAAAACAGAAAAAAACACCAACUAAUGAAAAAGCCUGCAAACUUGUUCUUGUGAACGACUUUAGAGAAGGGAAUAUGAAACACAAGUUAAUUUGUCAUUUAUUAUGUUUUGUAUUGUCUUUUUUUCCCAAAUACUUACCGGUUUUACUUUUAUAAGUAAAAAUGGAACUGUAUCCUGUAUGUUCUGGUAAAAAGUGUUCUGUUCUUUGCCACCUUGCUAAUAAAGUAGGAAUAAAUUAAAGGAAGAGCCUCAGCUCUCAUGGUGUAUUCUACCUUUCAACUAGCCCUGCAAUAAUGUGGGACUGCAUUACAGAAUCAUUGCAGCGGUUAUAUUCCUAUUUAAAAUGCUAUAUCUUUGAUAGAACACAAAUAUUUCAAAGACCUUUUUCCAUAAUCACACAAUGUGUUUAUCUUUUGGGAAUCAAAAACAUUGUUCUACGCACAUACAUAGAGUGUACAUGUUGGUAGUGGCCUUCAUUACAAAUAUUCAGCCCUAUAUAACAGAGUCACUUCAUAACCAAUGUCAGCAUAAACACAACAUUUCUAUUGAGCUUUAGAUGCUCUCGGCCAACCCAUGCUGGCCAAACAUGUACAAAAUGAAUAUGGGUAACUUCUACAUUAGCAAUACGGACAGACAUGGACUGAGCCCCAUGGGACAUUGAAAAAGGUGUGGAACAGAACUGGGUGAUGUUUAUAGGGGCCUGCUAGCACCAUAACAACUAUAAUGGAUUCUUACGGUCAUGGUAACACUGCCUCUUUAAGAACCAAUGAAGGAACUAGUUUUAAAAUGGAAUUCACUACUCAUUUAAUGUCAGCAAGGCUAUAGCUAUCCGUUAAUAAUCAUGAUCUUCAGGGAACAUGUGUUGACCGUAUAUGCAAUCGGAAAAUGGUUUUAAUAUAUCAGCAAUCCUUACUUGAUUCUCUACAAGCAUGCAUGGCCAUUUCUCACAAUAAUGCCAUCAGAAUUCUCAGCAUGAUGAUUAUAUUAGCAGAAAUGAACACACAUUUUGUUAUGGCUCACUAAAAUGAUUGUAAUGCGGACCCAUUCAUUGCAAUAGUGUGACAUUACUAAAAAAAUAUUGGGUCCUCCAUCGUGUCAUGUACUCCUAUAUUUGUGUAUAACAUCUGAAUGUUGUCCAUGAGCCUGUUUAUAUUUACUAGGUAUUUUAAGCAGGAUGGCUUGACCCCUUCUCAUUUUAAGUUCCCCUUUCCUCUUUUUCUGUCCUAAUUCCCUACACAUAUCUCAAUGGGUUUCCGUUUACCAUUCCUUUCUGUUAAGCGGAGUUAAUUCCAAUUCUGUUUCCGUAUUCAUUCUCUACCCCUCCAUGCCAGUAAUAACAGUACUUCUUCCUACAUAUCAGGACCUCCUCUUCAUUCUGCAAUUCCAUAUAACCAUACCUUCUUAACAAAUCAAUACCAGCUGUGCCCAGUCAUGGCCUCUACAACAACAAGAUAAAAGGCACAAAUGUAGCUAGGGGUAAUCAGUAAAUGCAAUUGUUCAAGUGUUGCAAUGGGCCACACAGAACAAACAAUAUUAGGGUGGCAGUGGGCCAGUUAGAACAAAUGCAGAAGUACAAAGUUUAGUUUUACAGGGUCAGCACUGAUUUGUAGUUAGACACGUCAGGUGAGAAGUUUCCAAGUUGGUGUGUGAUAUGCUCAGGAAAAGGUGAUAAUGAUAUUGCAAUCAGGCUUAUACUGAAUUUCACAAACAUAGCCGUAAUAUCAGAAAUUAGGUCAGAAAAUGUAUUAUUUCAGGAAAAAAAAACAAAAAACCUUGCCCCUUCUUGCAAUUGUGGUGACACCCUUCUUAUUUCCAUUCCUAUUUCAUUGUGUACUAGAUCUCUGAGCUUCGAUUCGCUCACAGCAACGAUUUAAUACACACGGAUGGAGUCCAGUUAGACAAACAUUUGGGGUAAGUAAUAGCUCAUUCAAGGAGGAGUUUAAAAUGUCAAUCAAGCAUGGAGCAGCUGGUUAAUUACACAAAAGGGAACAGUCACUUUUAAAAAAAAAGAAAUUACACCAGUUGAAUAACACUGAAAAUGACCUAUAACUAGUGUUAACCCUUUUGUUCAUGUGAUGCUCAGUUUUAGAAUACAUCAAAGAUUUAGCAACUGACACCACAAUCCAUUUCAGUCCUGGCACAGGCAGUGCAUAUACUGCAUUGGAGGAGAAGGAAUAGAAACUUUUUUGUUUUUCAUUGUAGAAAUAGGCAUAGCUUACAAUGAUUGACAAGGAGCCUACUAUGGAGGCACUCAGUUCCAGGUUGAGGCUGUGUGGAUCUUAAUAUUUUAGUUGAUUUUUCGGAGCUCAACACACAUACUUGUUAAAUAUAGUGAUGCACACAAAAGAGAGUCGGGGGUAUGUUCAUAGGGUUUAUUGACAUGCACAAAAGUAAUCACUCAUCAGGAGUGAAGUUUGCUUUCAUAUAUCCAAACGUUCAGUUUAUCAAACAGGGUGCUUGAUGUAACUGAUAAUGUGUUAAUGAUUUUAUUUACUGGAGUAUCUUUUCCCAUCUGUUAUAAAAAACAUUACAUAUUGCCUAGAUUUUCUACUUCAAUAAACAUAACAUAAAAUCCUGAAAAAGUGACUGUUCCCUUUUAACUGUUAUCUUUUGAAUUCGCCCUUUAGUGAUUAUUUUAAAUGGAAUUAAAUAAUAAGCUAUAAAGAUAGAGGGCAGAGUGCACGUUAGUUUCGGUCCCUUAAUUCAUGUUGCACAAGGUGUGUAGAGGAAGCAUGAAACUGUUACCAUAAAACAUGUCUGAGAAGUAAAUCAAGCCAUGUCAGACAGUAGUAAGCACCAGACCCGAUAACAAAAAUUUAUGUUUCACAUAAAGAUAUUGAUCCUUAACCCUUGUCCUAUGAUUAAGGCCUAUAACUAUAAAAAAAUUAAUCCAGCUUUGUAAAAAAUCAACAGCCUUCAUACUGUAGAAAAAAGAAAAAUGUGGGAUUAUGGUGAAUUACUGAAAAAGCUGUAUACUGCUUUAGGGAGAUAUGACAUCUCUCCUCUAAUGGAACACUCGAAGCACCAUAACCACAACAGCACGCUACACUGUAACUAAUCAGUUUUAGAACGGCCUGACUUCUUACCUGGAGUCUGUUGCAUGCUUAUACCUGCCGCCACUAUUUGCAACAGUGAGCCAGAAGCUCUCAGACUGAGCUAAGCCACACAAAGCAGCACUUAUCUCAUUUAAUCAACUGAUGCUCUUGGCCAAUGAGCUUGCCCUGCACUGACUAAGCAGGAGCCUUCAGCUCUUCUGGUGGCAAAGAGGAGGCAGGGAGCUGCGUCCAGUGGAUCCCAGGUAAGACAUCAAACAUUCUAAGCCAGGUUAACUACUUACAAUGGGGGCGCCAGAGCACUCCUGGCACCAUAACUGGUGAUGGUUAUGGUGAUUGGAGUGUUCUUUUAAAUUCUUGUAUAAUAAUAACAGCUCAGGAAGAGGUAAUCUUAAUUACUAAAUAUGCCAUCCCAGGAUUAUGAGAACAUCUAUGCCCAUGUGCUUUGAUCUGUCUUAUGAUUUUUAUUUUGUUGCUUGGCGACUGUUAUCCUGCCUCCCACAGAAAAGUAACACAUAGGAUGUUUGGAAGGCAUUUUCAUUUUAUUUUUUAACAUUGAUGCUCAUCUGUCCAUUGGAAAUCAGAGAUAGCUAUCAUGGAAAACAAUUAUUUUGCCUGCUGUUGCGUAUUUGUCCUCUAUGCAAGGCAAUGCCCAAAGACCAAAUGAUCUGCAGAAACCUAAGCAAGAAUCUACCCCUUGGUUGGGUUUCUGACUUAAAUUUUUAUGUUUAAUAAAAUGCACCCACCCUCUAGUUACCCUCUGGUAGUGCUACCAAGCCAUCAAUUUUGGGACAUAAUUGAGAAUCUGAACCCUACUAUUACCAACUUGCUGCCUACCGUGAACUGACACAGGACGUGCACAGUGACCUUCCAAUUUGUCACACUUAAUGCUAACCAAGUAAUAACUUCAGGCUAGCAAAACUGAGUAAAACACAAAGAGAUGGGGGUAGCGAAUUUGAGGUGUUUUAAUGGGAAAGGGUAAAAGUGUGUGGGUUGUAGUAAACAGAACGUGGUUCAGUUGCAGUAUGUAAAUUAGACUGAGUGAUCAGUGUGAGGGAGGAUUAAAGGUUGUGGUACACCAAAUACUGGCUGAGCACUGGAGGAAAUGCAGCCCGUAUCAGCUGGAAAAAAACAAAUGCUGUCUAUUCUGUGAUAAAAGUGUAUGUGUGGGAUAUAUGAACCUUUAACAGUCGAUAAAAUGAGCAGUUAGCAAACUCCCUUCGUACUGAGACCUGACACUGUUAGUCUGUCUCUAGCAUCUCUACAAAAAAAAUUAAGAACCAAAUAUGAGAAACAUUACUCAAACUACACCCAUAAUGCACAUAUUAUAUUCUCAUCACACCUGACAGUAAUCUCUCACAUCCUUUAUCCACCGGUCACCAUUACCAUAUGCAACACUCACAUCAACCAGAUACAGCCUCAUAACAUACAACAUUCACAUGCAUUACCUAUAUAACACAAAUUACAUGUCUGUCACAUACAGCAUCUAUUCCUAGUAACUGUGACGAUAUGAAUAGGUAGCUGUAAUAAACAAGAAACAUGGCAGUUGGGGAGAAAGUAGAAGGAACACAGGCUACAAUUUCCUCUUCUUUGUCCCCAGUUGCCUUUGUUCUGAUUCGAUGUACCCUGCUGGUAGAUUUCUAUGCCAACUCUUUGCUAGAUUUUCUAUUUCUGGCAGAACCGGAUUUCCAUGGCUGCCAACCCUUUCAGUCUCCCCACCAUCACCUAUUCUAACAGCUGCAAACAUAGAAGUACACUGAAGGCCUGGCAGAUGGUAACACUAACAGGGUUACUUACUAGAAUGAGAAUUCCAAGGUUAAGGUCAAAGCAGCCAAAUGGGAAGCAUUCUCCAAGUCAGCUAUGCUCCCAGAUUGACUACUGUGGCCUUAAAUUUGAAAUUCACUCCAGUGAAUAAUCCUGUGAAAGUGAUAUGGAAUUUAUAUGGAUGGCUACAGGGACUAUCUGCCCAAACAGUUAUUGAAUAAAACAGAUGCAUAUUCAUAGAGAGGGAGUUAAUUUAGGAUGGGCCGUCGCCUAGAUAAUAUUAAAUGUGGCCCUCGCUAUAAUUAGUCAGAUAUAAUAAUAUAAUUAGUUUGAAGGCCUUGUCUUGACAUCAUAAUGGUUUAUAAUCCAAUGCACUGAUUUCUAAGAACGGUAAUUAGACUAAUGGGAACACACUGAGCACAGUGAAUUUUGAUAAUAUAGGUGGCGACCACCUAUCACAUAAUAACCUACAAAGGAAAAGCAGUUUAAGAACAUGAAACAAGCCACACCUUUUCCACACUAUUGUAUACCACAUUGUAUUUAAUGUCAACUUUUCUUCAUGGUAAUUUCAUUCAAAACAUGUUUUGCACUGUAUAAAAUUGAAGGGAUUAUGGCAACGGUGGACUGCUCAUAUUUCACCGUAAUAACAACCGUUUGCAGUGGAUACAUUUUUCCCUCCACUGAAACCUUGAUUAAUGGUAAUUUUGAAAAGGACUGGGAAGCACAUUUUUAAAUGAAGGGCUUUAUUCACUGCAGAUGGAUUCUGAUUUCUGUGCAGUUUCACAAAAAGGUCCCUCAAGUACUCACCUCUCUGCUUCCUCUGAGGUCACCAGUUUCAGUGAUUAAUCCUGGCAAUAGAGUAAAGUAAGAUCAGUGUGCACAUACAGCAUACGUAACCUAUACUCCCAAUACUAUCUUUUUUACAGCUGUGCUUUGAACUGAAUCAACCUGGAACUGAUAGCAUGGAAAGCUGGACAAUGUAGGGUACCUAUAUCAUAAAAGGGUGUGAGCCAGGUACAAGGCAUGUCUCUCUGAAAGCCAGAUGCUAACAAUAAAAUAAUAAAUAUGGUUAGAUUUAUGGUUACUUAUAGCAUUAAGGGUUUCAAUGUUAGCACAAACACAGAUAAACCUUCCGUGAUAGUUCAAGUGGAUUUUUUUUUUUUUAAAACCAAUCUGCUUGGUAUACAAUCAUUUCCUUGUAUAAAUCAAAUUUUAUAACAGUAGUGAUACUACCUAAACAUUUUACAAUGCAUUGAAAGAUUCUAGGACAAUUACAACAGUUAUUCACUCCAAGCAGACAUGAUUAUUGCAGUGAUACAUUACUGCAGACUAACUUCUCCUCUAGGAUAACCAGCGCCUUACAAAAUAAGGCCAGCAUGUACUUAAAGUGCGCUUUUACAAACUGUUACAAAAAAUGUUUCUUCAAAUGUUUUUUUUUUGUGUUUUUUUUGUAAAGGAGUAUAAAGUUUUCUAUGUAUCAAUGGCAAAAUAAAUAAAAGAUCCACCAUUCGAUAUUACAGGCAGGGAACAGCUGGAAACAAUUCACAAAAAACAAUAACAACCCAACCCACUUUCUAAGACCCUGGUAACUCUUCAAAAUGUCACAGGCCAAUGUCAACAUCAAAAAGGACUUCUAUGGGGCAAUAUCUAGAAAGAAAUUCUAAUCAAUGUGGAUGGCCCAAUUUUUCACCCGGAUGACUUCCCUCUCGCAGUCAUAAUGUGGUGCCUAAAAUUGCUAAAUAGUAUUUUAAGGACGACUGUUAAGAAAAUCAAACCUUGCUUUGUACGAUGAACCACACAAAUAUAUCUCUUGGAAAUCAAUUUUUAAAGCGCUUAAAACCAAACACUUCAUGCAGCUACUACAGGAAAGAAACCCCCGACCCUCUACAACCCAUUCCAUUGCACAAUUCCAAAAUCUAAGCCAAGAGGUACAUAGUACUAUAGUGAAAUAAAAACCUGAGUUGUAUUAAGUGUAUAGGGUCUCUUCUAAUCAAUCCCUGCAAACUGUGAUUGCAGACAAAGUGGACGUCUCCAUACCUCAUUCUGCACUGAACUAGCCUUAAAACAAACAUGCAAACAUCAAAAAUGACGAGGAAAAAAAAUUAUAUUAAAGAACCAUACUUUAAAAGUCAAAUCUCUUUAAAUAAAUGCAAAGAGCUUUCGUUAGCAGAGAAACAUGUAUCCAAUCCAGUAAUGAAGGUUAAGGGGACUGUGCAGACUGGAUUCACAACCUAUUUAUGCAUUUUACAAUGAAUGCAUUAAAAUUCAUUUUGUGUAGAUUUCUUUUUCCAAAGUCAACACAGUAUUUUUGAUUGACUUUGCAUUAAGUCAAUGAAGUGAGAUUCAUAUACGGUUACUUACUGUCUUAUUUUGUGCUUAACCUAAAUAAAAUGGACAUUCCUGGAUGAAAAUGUACAAAACUCAUGAAAAUCUGAUAAAAUUGCUGCGUUUUCCCCAUCAAAUCCAUCUAUUUUGGUUUUCAUGAGCAAAUUAUUAUUUUAACCCACACACUAGAAGUGGCUCACGUAUAUAUCCUAUAAAUUGCUGCUAUGCAAGAUAUUAGGGAAAUGUACAAAAAGACCAUAACUGGCGCAUACAUCUCAGCUAUUUCCUGGUUGAAGAGGAAGUCAGGGUAUAAGAAUCAGAGAUUGGGGAUUUGCUGUAAAACAAGGUAAACGUGGCGAUUUGUUACUUUUUUCUUUCAUAUAUCAAGCAUUAAACUUGAGUGGUAUCACUACUCAGGAGGAACCUUUAAUUAUAAAGUAUAACUAAAAUAUUAACAAUAAUUUUGAUAAAUUAAACAGGAAGAAUUAAAAGUUAAAAUUAAAAAAGCAACUUAUUUUGCAACAAAUUCCUUGGCUCUGAUCCUCCCACACUAAAUGAAACCAGGAAAUGAUAGCUUUCUCCUGGAUCUCCCAUUCAUUCCUAUGAGUAAAAUCACUGAACGUAGAUGUGUGUAUAAUGACACAUAUUUGCACAAUCACCAGUUCCUUACAGAAAUCAAUAAUGGUCACAUGAUCACGUGUAAUGCAGCCAGCAGCAGUAUCUUAUUAACUUCAAAAUACAAUGUAAUUAGAAUGAAUAGCACCGCUGAAUAUGACAUGGUCACAAGUGGAUUUCAUUUAUUUUUGUGAAUAAGAUACUGUUCCUUGAAGUAUUGCACAUGCCUUGGUGGAAAGUGAUAUGCAUGUAUUUAAGGAAAAUACAUAGUGGAAGGGGCUCCAAACUUAUCUUGAAAGUAUGAAACUAAGAAGGUGAAACAACUGUGAAGGCCUUUUGCAAAGCUCAAGCCACUAGAAUCAAAAGUCAGCGCUAAUGUUCACAUGAUGACUAUAAGGAUGCAUGGUUGAAUGUCAGGCUCCUGGUGUAUUCCUUUAAAGCGUAAUGCUUCAGACCUAAGGCUCAGUAAGCGUCUGAUUAUUGUCACAUAUCAUUAGUCCUAAAUGGUUUAAGACACCAGAGACCUGCAUUAUAACAUUUAAAAAAAAAAAAAAAAAAAAGAAGAAAAUACUGAAACUGUUUCAAAUUAAUGUGGACUUAUGUUUUUGAAUACUGUCUGUUUGCAGACAGAUGUAUUAAAGAUACAUUUAAUAAGCCUCAUUACUAAAAAUACAAAUUAUAAUCUAAAAAAAAAUAAAAAAUAAAAUUAAAAAGUGAACGAAAUAAAGAGAAACGUGAAGGUGCCAGUACAGAUUUGUGGUGCUUAGAAGCUCCUUAUAAUUAUUUAAAUAAAAAUAAUGAAAGGAUGUUUCUGGAUUUUAAAAACUGGUUUGGAACACUAUUUGGGUUAGUUGAUUAUGGUUAUCAGGAAUAAAGAAAUAUUGAAUCUACCACAUAAAGUCAAAUACUAUAAUCUAUUGUUUAAAAUCAUAGCGUGAGGAAAAGGGAAUUUUACUUGGACCAAGCUUUACAAUCCUGAUAUCCAUCCUAAAUCAAAGCAGAAUUUUUUGGGUCCAUCGAAAUUCAUAUAGGGGAAUUCUAAAGGUAAUUCUGUAGCAUGACAGGUCAAUCAAUUAGCUCUAUUAAAAUGUAGGUCAAUAUACUUAGUCUGUCUUAUUUCAUGUAGUGCAACCUGACAACAUUUUUGAUUAGGUUUUCGAUUCAUCACUAAUGAGUUAGAAUAAGAACUUUACUCCCUUCUUAGAUUUUGUGGAAAAAUUCCCUGAGCUUGCUGUGCUAGCAGCUCCAAGCACCUUAAAUUCUUCUUCUCUGCAUUAUCUAAGCGUUUAAAAUGUCUGCAGAAUCAAAUACAACACUCGCCAAGCGUGUAUCGGAAGAAAGCCCUAGCAUUAAACAACAUGCUGUUUCUCAAAAAUUCUAAAUUCCAACACGUACAACCAGAUGUCCUUUAGUCUGUGUGUAAGGGAGAAGAAAGAAUUAUUCACCCAAAAAAAUGUUUUUUUAAAAAUCUGUAGCUUAAUUUCCUAAGUCUGAAAUAAAAUAUAGCAACUGUUAUUUACUUCAAGUCUGGAUGAAUAAGAAGAAAAAGGAAAAUCAGAGGAAGAUAAUACAGGUUUUCUUUGCUGCUUUUGGCAAUAAAAAAUAAAAUAAAAUCACUCUUUAAAACAUCCAACUGUUGCUUGAAUUCGAUUUACAACAAAAGCCUCAGAUCCUGCUUAAUGAUGUCCUGUGUGUGAAAUAGAGAGUAACAGCAAAGGAUGAUGAAUAGUGAGGGAUUGUUGAGGUAUAGGGGAGCAUAUUAGUCUCUCAAUGUCCGCCUUUAGCAUAUGCUCUGGUGGUUUUAAUCUGGACCUGUAGUGGACACAGAACCAUGAGUUGUCUCGCCUCCAUAUGCCGCCUCGGCAUUUGCUGAGGGAGCCACACCUCCUCCUUCGUCAUGAGGAGGAGAUUCUUCCCCAGCUGGACCUCUAGAGGUAACAACACUGGUGGUUUCAGGGGAAAUGCUGUGAGGUCCCUCAAGGGGAACACAACCAGGAUGGUUCUUUCGAAAGUGCUGAUUGAGGAUGGCCUGGAAGGGGAAGCUUUUCCCACACACAUGGCAGUGGAAGGGUUUGUUACCCGUAUGCUUCCGGAUAUGAUAUUCCAGCUGAUCCUUGCGAGUGUAUUUCUUUCCACACAUCCGGCACACGAAAGGAGUGAUACCCAUGUGCAGCCGCAUGUGUCGGUCAAGACUACCCUUCUGGUUAAAAGACUUUGCACAGUAGAUGCAAGUGAGACGUGGGUUAUAACGGAACCAUCUCUCUGAUACCUCUUGCUCACGGAGAUAUUCUACAUAACCAC